GAAACAUAAAAAGUAGAAAAGAAUUGUAAGAGUACAUAACUUUUAGCCAUGCUUGUUAGAAAUUUAAUCAAUGGAUCAAUCAUAUCAUUGUAAAUGUAGAAAAGCUUAAAGAACUGUCUAUUACGCCCAUGAUGUGAAAAAAAAAAAAGUGAAAAAAAAAAAAUUAACAUCUCCAUUUUUUUUUUCUCUCUCUCUCUUUGGUAAGUAAAUAAAACAUGGUAGAGAUGGUAUAAAACAUGAGAGGAGGGCAAAGGUGGGUGAUUAAACAAAAGUAUAUAUAUAUUUUCAGUGGUAAAAAUUUUAAGGAAAAAAAAUGCUUUGUUAAAGGCAAUAGACAAUAAAGAAAUAAUAGUUUUUUUUUUUCUGGGGUUGGAGAAGAGAUCAGAGGAAAAGACAGAAAGUGCAAUGUCAGAGUUAGCCCCGUAGGGUUCCCCAUGUCUUUGGUUUGUGGUUUUGGGUUCUUGUUUUUGGACUGCUUUAGGAUUACAGAGGGAUUUCUUCUCAUCCACAUCGCUUUCUCUCUCUGGUUCUCUCUUUGUCUGAGUUUUAUGAUCGAGCAGAGUCUUUUUAUUUAUCCUUUUAUAUUUGUUCAUAUUUGUGUGGUUAUCGUUGGAUUUUUUCUUGGUUUUAGCAAGUAAGGUUUUAUUCAAAUCAUGAAGCUUAAAAGUGGAUAGAUAGCUGGGUUCUGCUUGAGCUCUAUCCGGCUAGAAUUAUUACUUAUUAUCAUCAGUAUUACUCUCUCCCUCUCUAUAUGUAUCAUCUCUUUGUUUAUUUUGGGAGUUUUUUUUCUAAAAAAACAAAAAAUUGUCUCUUGGGUUGAGGCCAAAACAAAGAAAGAAACCGUCAAAGGUCUAUGAUGAUGAGGAUUAUGGUAUUCAUUCAUAUAUGUUAAGCAUAUAGCUACUUGAGUAUAUCAUCAAGUAUCAAAGUUGCUUUUUAUAACUUAGUUUGGGUUUUUGUUUUUGGAUUUUUUGUACCCUACUUAUGUAUGUAAAACCAAGAUCCAUGGUCCAUGAUGCAAACUUCAGAGUUCUAGAAUUGGUUGUGUAAGAGAAGAAGAUGAAAGGUUUGUUAUUCCACCAACAACAGCGACAAGUUUUGGAAGAGAAUAUGUCUAAUUUGACUUCUGCAUCUGGUGAAGCAAGUGUUUCUUCGGGCAAUAGAACUGAAGGUGGCACCAACUAUCCUCAACAAUACUUAACUACUCCACCACCUCAAACUCAGCCAGUUAAGAAAAAGAGAAACCUACCAGGCAACCCAGACCCAGAUGCAGAAGUGAUAGCUUUGUCUCCAAAAACACUCAUGGCAACAAAUAGAUUUGUGUGUGAGAUCUGCAACAAAGGGUUUCAAAGAGACCAGAACCUUCAGCUUCAUAGAAGAGGGCAUAAUUUGCCAUGGAAGUUAAAGCAAAGAACAAGUAAAGAGGUGAGGAAGAGGGUGUACGUGUGCCCAGAACCUAGCUGUGUGCAUCAUGACCCAUCAAGGGCGCUUGGGGACUUGACAGGAAUCAAGAAGCACUUCUCCAGGAAACAUGGUGAGAAGAAGUGGAAAUGUGACAAGUGUUCGAAGAGGUAUGCAGUUCAAUCAGAUUGGAAAGCUCACUCCAAGACUUGUGGCACUAGAGAAUACAGAUGUGACUGUGGAACUCUCUUCUCAAGGAGGGAUAGUUUCAUCACUCACAGAGCCUUCUGUGAUGCUUUAGCAGAGGAGAGUGCGAGAGCAAUCACGGGAGCUAACAAACUUCUCUACCCGCAUCAACCAGGUGAAUCAGCAGCAGCAUCUCACAUUAAUUUACAACUACCACAAUUCAAUCCCCAAGACAUCCAACCCUUUUCACUUAAGAAAGAGCAACAAAGUUUCACUACUCUAGGGCCAGAGAUUCCUCCAUGGCUCGCUACCCAAUCAAUGCUAGGGGCUGGUCUGGGUCCACCACAGUCUAUAGACCUUUCCUCAUCAUCUUUGAUCUUCUCGCCAAGAUUAGAUCAUCAAGAGUUCACACAAACACACCAUCAAGAUUUAACACUUUAUGAGAACACCAACCCUAACCCUAGUCUUGGCCCCAGUCUUCCUCCCUACCAUCCAACAUCAGUACCUUCACCACACAUGUCAGCUACUGCAUUGCUUCAGAAAGCAGCUCAGAUGGGUGCAACCAUGAGUAGCAAAACUGGCUCAUCAUCAGCACCAGUUACUGCUGCAGUUGCCUCCGUGAUGAGACCCCACCAACAAUCUUACAUGUCUGCUGAUUCUGCUGGCAGUAACAACAACACAACAGCCAGUUUUGGGCUCAACUUGUCUUCACGUGAAGAAGUGGCUGUAGGUAGUGCAUUUAUCAAUGGCUUGGGCCCUUUCGCUAACCGUAAACCUCCAAAUGCAGGUGAUCAUGCCUCUGGCUCAGGUGCUUCUCCUUCCCUUCUUCAAGACAUGAUGAAUUCUUUGUCUUCUGCCACUGGAUUUGACUCCACUUCCUUUGAUGAUAUUGCAUUUGGUGGAAUUUUGAAGGCAAAGAAGGGUGGGAAUUUCAUCAAUGAGUCAUCAUUCUCGAAAACAACUACACCAACACCAACGACAACUGCCACUAGAAAUGAUCAUGAAAGUACUGGAGAUAGUAACCAAGCUGAAGGCUUGACAAGAGAUUUCUUGGGUCUUAGAGCUUUCUCUCAUAGCGAUAUUCUCAACAUUGCUGGUCUUAGUAACUGCAUGAACACUUCGCAUGAACAACACAACCAGUCUCAAAAACCAUGGCAAGGUUAGGUAAUAUAGAAACCUAUUUUUUUCUUUCUUUUUUCCUCUUUUAAACUGAUCAUUUUCAAAUACUAUAUCUUAAAUUUUAAUAUUCUCCUUUUGUUUUAUUCUGUUUCUUUAAUUUCUUUCUAUCUUAGCUAUAAUCUUUCCAAAGGGAAGGACCUCGCAAAAUACUGAUUUAUAAGAUCAGGUUCCAUAUAAAUGCUGCCCAUGUUACAAAUUAAUAUUUCCUUUUUGUUUAAUUUUA